AUGACUUCAAUGGAUAGGGGCGAAGAAAUUCCAUGGUUUCCCCGUCGCGUUUCCGAGUUGGAUCGAUGCUCGAAAUGUGUCACGAAAUACGAGCCGACCAAUGAUCCACGACAUCCGGGUCACGGUGACACGGCAUACAUCAUGCGUCGCCAAUUCCUCAACGAUCAGGCGAUCAAUUAUCGCCACGGUGAUCCGAUUUCAUUCGUCGAGUAUACUGAAGAGGAGCACGCAACUUGGACGAUGGUCUUCGAAAAACUGAAAACACUCCACGAAAGCCAUACAUGUCUCGCAUACAGGCAAAAUCUGAGAAUGCUUGAAGAGGCCGGAGUCCUCACAGCAAAUCGGAUCCCACAAGUGGCCGAUGUGAAUAAAUACUUGAUGGAAAAGACCGGGUUCAUUUUGAGACCAUGUAGUGGACUGCUGUCGGCCCGUGAUUUCUUGGCCAGCCUUGCUUUUCGAGUGUUCCAGACAACCACCUAUCUGCGACACCAUGAAUCGCCUCACCACUCGCCUGAACCCGAUUUGAUUCAUGAACUCCUCGGUCAUGUACCAAUGUUCGCGGAUCCGUUCAUCGCUCAAAUGAGUCAAGAUAUUGGAUUGAUGUCUUUGGGAGCAACGAACGAUCAAAUAGAAAAACUGGCCACUGUUUAUUGGUUCAUUAUCGAGUUUGGUUUGUGCCGUGAAGACGGGCAAUUGAAAGCUAUCGGCGCCGGUCUCCUGUCAGCCUACGGAGAAUUGAUGCACGCCUGCUCCGAUGUACCCGACCACAAGGAGUUUGAUCCGCAGAUUGUAUCCGUGCAAACAUACGAGGAUAGCGGCUACCAACCAUUAUAUUUUGUUGCUCAAUCUCUGCAAGACGCGCUCGUCAAGUUACGUGAGUAUGCUGCUUCGAUGCCCCGUUCAUUUGCGAUCAUUUAUGAUCCGUUAACCAAAUCGGUGCAGCUUGUCGAAAAAGACAAAGAUGUGGUCCUUUCGGCGAGG